UCAUCAAAAGGAGUCAGGAACAUAAACUACACACACACACACACACGCACGCACGUGAAAACAAGCUUCGUACGGUUGGACCUGUUUUGUCUUUGCACUUAGGUUGUGAAUUUGAAGCGGCCAUGUGUCAAGCUGAAGAGGAAUAUAAUGGUCUGGAGUGUAAGCAGGAGAAGAUACCUGUGCCGACGUCCUGCUUCAAGGAGUACUUCAUACACAAAUUGCGGGCCAUGUUGGGAAAUAAUCGUGUCAUCUUUCCCCAUGAGAAGGUUCUUCUUGCUGUUUCUGGUGGAACAGCCUCUUACUCGAUGCUCUCACAAGUUCAAGAGUUCAUUUGUGUAGAGGACUCUGCAUAUUCACCCGAACACAAGCUGGCAGUAGAGAGGCUGUUCUCAUCACUGAAGAUACUCAUAGCCAAAGAGGAUAUGUUACAGACCUUAAGGCAGCACCUGAUUCUGCACAUUGCCCGUGAGAACGGCUACUCGAAGGUCAUGAUGGGAGAUAGCUGCUCACGACUGGCCGUCAAACUACUCAGUAAUAUCACUCUGGGUCGCAGAGCAGCACUGGCUUCAGAUACGGGUUUCUCUGAUCAUCGGUAUGGGGAUGUGGUGAUAGUGCGGCCCAUGAGGGACUAUUCGUUUAAAGAGAUCACCUAUUACAGCAGAAUGUUUAAUGUGCCCUCAGUUUUUAUCUCAGGACUGGAUACCAAGACCCACGAUAAAGCCAGCAUCCAGCGACUGACGGAGAGUUUCGUCACCAACCUACAGGCGGACUUCCCCUCCACUGUUAGCACUAUCUACAGAACUAGUGAGAAACUUAAUACAUCAGUCAUGUCCCCUCAAAGUCAAACUGCUGAAGCUGCCUCCAAGUGCCUGCUGUGUCUCUGUGCUCUCGACACUAAAGCAGGUAAAGCUUCUGCCUUCAAUGCUACUUUGGUGUCUGAGCAGCUAUCCCAGAUUGAACUUCAGGACCCGUCUGUAGAAGCACCAGCACGGUCAGCAGAGGAGGGUCAGGGUUGUGGCUCCUCAAACAGGUUGCCUUCACAUCAGGACUUGAAGACACUCUUGUGCUACAGCUGUAGACUCACUAUCAAAGACAUGGGAGCAACAGACACUCUUCCACCUUACAUCAUAACAGAGGCAGAAAAACAACAGAAAAGGUGGGAAAUGCUGCUCCGUAACCUAAAUGAAUGAUUUAUUCAAAUAAUAAAUGUCGUUUACUCACCCUUUAUAAAGCAGCAUGAUUGUCCUUCUUUUGUGGAACACAAAAGGAGAUGUUUAGCAGAAUAUCCUGGAUCCUCUUUUCCAUACACUUAAAGCAAAUGAGGAUUUGGGACUGUCGGGUUUCAAAAAUAAGAAAUAAAGCACCAUAAAAGUGGUCCAAAUGACUUGUACACUACGUAUGUCUUCUGAAGCCGUAUACAGUAUGUGAGGAACAAGCUGAA